AUGGAGCUUGGCCUGGGACCCACGAAAGACGGCUUCCGGUCUGCAAUCGCAGAAUGUGGCGCGCAGCGACGCUGGGAGAGAGCGUUGCUCCUCGUGACCAAACUGCAACGACGACAGCUACAGGCCGAUGAGUCCAUCAUGGCUGCGGCCAUGAAGGCUGUGAGUCUCUCGGCUCAGUGGGUCCAGACGCUACAUCUUCUGGGCAAUCUACCAGAGAUAAGCGUGAAGAUUACUGCUCGUCACUGCACCGUCGCAAUCAGUGCCAUGCAACCCACUGGAGAAUGGGCUCGUGCACUGUCGCUCCUUGCGUCCAUGGCCCCGAGAGACUUGCAACCAACGGUAGACACCUACAAUUGGACCAUUUGCGCCUGUGCAAAGGCCUCUGAAUGGAGCAGAGCAUUUAAUCUCUGCCAUCGGAUGAUGGAGGAGGGCCUUCACCCCAACAAAAUCACCUACCGACAGCUGGCCGUCAUGUGCAGGAAGGAGGCUUUGUGGGAACACGGGCUGCAACUACUCGUUGACGCACAGGCAUCGCAGGUAGCAUGGGACGUUCCAGUGGUGCUGGGUGCUAUCGGGAUGUCGUGUGUUCGUGCCCAGCAAUGGCAGCAGGCCGCAGCUGUUCUUGCUGAGUUUGAGGGGCAACCGACGCCAACUAACUACUUCUUGAACUUGGCACAAAUCAGAAUAUUGGCAGAGCGGGAGCAGUGCGACGGCUGGGAGGCUGCCUUUACCUGGCUUUCGGAACAGGACCUCGACUCCCUGGACGAUGAAGACGUUUGCCCUGCGAUUUCUGCUUGCGGCGCCCAGUGGCAGAAGGCACUGGAAUGGCUUUUGGCUCUGCAGGAAGGAGGCACGGCAGUCACCACAGCCAUGUACCAGGAGCUGGUACGUAUUCGAGCAACGGGUGGUGAGGACGAGGACGAAGACUACGAUGUGGAUGAGGAUUUGCCUCUCGCGUAA